AUGUUGAGCGAAAUUUCAACAUCAGAACCUCAUUUUAUACCUGGGUAUACAGGAUUUUGUCCACAAUAUAAAUUUCGUAUUGGUGAAACAUAUGGAAAUUUAACACAUAAAUUAUUACUUGAUACAAGUACAACACAUUCAGAAAAUAUUAUUAUAACAACUGAUGAAACAUAUAAAUAUCUUAAAGAAAGACCAACAUUACAAGAAAUUAAUUUAGUUAAAGAACAUGAAAAUUCUGAUGAUCCUUUAUAUAAAUAUUCACAAAUACCUGGUUAUUGUGGUUUUAUACCAUUUUCCAAUAAUAAAAUUGGUGCACGUUAUUCAAUAAUAACAACUGAAGGUAUUGCUGAAUUCGAAAAAUAUUUACCAUAUUCUAAACAUUAUCCACCACAUUUCAUGGAAGACGAUGAUCCUAGAAAAUUUCUUAAAUCAGGUUAUGCUGGUUGGAUUCCAUUUGAAUGGACUAAAAUUGGUAAAAAUGAUAAUAGUGCAUUAUGUGAAUUUACUAAAUAUUAUAAAUUAAAUCAACAUUAUCGAAGAAUACCAAUUACAAUUGAAACAAUUAUUAGCAAACCUAAAAAUAAUUUUGAAAAAUAUGAAAUAUAUAUUAAAGAUAAGGGUAUGAUACCUAAUUAUACUGGCCAUGUACCAGGUGAAAGAUUUGAAAUAGGAAAAUCAUAUGGAAAAUCAACUUUAAAUGCUAAAAAUAAAUUAUAUUGUUAG